GCGGCGGCGGCGGCGGCGGCACUAGGAGGCCGGGGGUGAUGGCGGAGCGCGGGCCGGCGGCGGCGGGUGGCUCGGGGCAGCCCGAGGCGCUGUCGCUGGAGGAGAUCCUGCGGCUGUACAACCAGCCCAUCAACGAGGAGCAGGCCUGGGCUGUGUGCUACCAGUGCUGCGGCGCCCUCCGGGCCCGCGCCCGCCGCCGGCAGCCGCCCGCCGCCGGCUUGCAGGCGCCCGCCCAGCUCCGCAUCUGGAGGGACGGCGCCGUGAGCCUGGAGCCGGCCGCCGGCAGCGGUAAAUUGGAGCAUUCAUACUCUUCAGAAACAGAGAUUAUUGAAUCAUUGGGGAUUAUAAUUUAUAAAGCGUUGGACUAUGGUUUGAAGGAGAAUGAAGAACGAGAGCUCAGUCCUCCGUUGGAGCGGCUUAUUGAUCACAUGACCAACACAGUGGAAGCAGAUGGGGGUAAAGAUGAAGGCUAUGAGGCUCUGGAUGAAGGGGUGGAGGAAGAUGAUGAAGAUGAAAAAGAGGUUGAGGUCAUUCACUCCUAUAAAGAUGUUAUGAAGUUGUGUGCUGCCCACCUACCAACACGAUCAGAGGCACCAAACCACUAUCAGGCAGUAUGUCGAGCAUUGUUUGCUGAAACAAUGGAAUUGUACACGUUCCUAGCAAAAAUUAAAAGUGCAAAAGAGAAUCUGAAGAAGAUUCAGGAGAUGGACAAAGAAGGGAGUGAUGAAUCCAGCACAGACCUUGAUGAGUUGAAAAACGCUGAUUGGGCUCGUUUUUGGGUACAGGUGAUGCGAGAUUUGCGGAAUGGUGUAAAACUUAAAAAGGUUCAAGAGCGUCAGUACAACCCUCUCCCAAUAGAAUAUCAGCUCACGCCCUACGAGAUGCUGAUGGAUGAUAUUAGAUCUAAGCGCUACACCUUAAGGAAGGUUAUGGUCAGUGGUGAUAUUCCACCUCGAUUAAAAAAGAGCGCUCAUGAAAUAAUCCUGGAUUUUAUCCGAUCACGACCUCCAUUAAACCCUGCAUCUGCAAGAAAACUGAAACCAACCCCACCUCGACCACGCAGCCUCCAUGAAAGGAUAUUGGAGGAAAUCAAGGCAGAAAGAAAGCUGCGUCCUGUCUCACCAGAUGAGGUCAGGCAUAGCAGGCUAGAUGUAUCCACUCCAAAGUCUUCAAGAAAAUUAGCAGAUAGCUCCAUAGUGAAUGGUGGCUUGACACCCCAAGGAAAGCUGAAUGGUCUUGGCACUACCCAAGUGACAGGACAGCGAAAGAGACUCCUUAAAGCCCCUACCUUGGCUGAACUGGACAGUUCAGAUUCUGAGGAGGAAUCUAUGCACAAAUCAACAAGCAGCAGCAGCGCGUCUCCCACACAAUUGGAAGAUGCUUCUCAAGAGAGCAGGAGGAUGCCUCCGAAGUUCUUGCCAAUAUCGUCUACACCUCAGCCAGAGAGGCGGCAACCUCCUCAGAGACGACACUCAAUUGAAAAGGAAACUCCAACUAAUGUGAGACAAUUCCUGCCACCUUCGAAACAGAGCUCAAGGUCACUUGUUCCUAGGAUAACCAGUCUCUUUCCAAGGACGACUUUCAGGCCACUUUUUUCAACCAUACAAACGGCUUCUUUGUUCAACUCUCAUCCUUUUGAAGCAGCCAUGUUUGGGGUGGCAGGGGCUAUGUAUUAUCUCUGUGAGAGAGCUUUUACCAGCAGGUGGAAACCCGCAAAGGAGGAAUUUUGUUACCCAGUGGAAUGCCUAGCUCUGACUGUGGAGGAAGUCAUGCAUAUCCGUCAGGUACUAGUGAAGGCAGAGUUGGAAAAGUACCAGCAGUAUAAAGAUAUCUAUACUGCCCUUAAGAAAGGAAAGCUCUGUUUCUGUUGUCGAACAAGGAGGUUUUCUUUCUUCACAUGGUCAUAUACCUGUCAGUUCUGUAAGAGGCCUGUAUGUUCCCAAUGUUGCAAAAAAAUGCGAUUGCCAUCAAAGCCAUAUUCCACCCUUCCUAUCUUUUCUCUUGGACCUUCUGCCUUGCAGAAAGGAGAAAGUUUUAUGAGACCUGAAAAGCCAUCUACCAGCCAUCACCGGUCACUGAGGAGUAUGCCCAGGUUGCCCUCAAGGUCCAAGUCUGUGGAUAAGUCAAAUGAAGAGCUACAGUUUCCCAAGGAGUUAAUGGAGGACUGGAGCACCAUGGAGGUGUGUGUGGACUGCAAAAAGUUUAUUUCAGAAAUCAUCAAUUCAAGUCGACGCAGCCUCUCUCUGGCCAACAAGCGAGCCAGGUUAAAAAGGAAAACACAGUCAUUCUACAUGUCAUCCCCAGGAACCUCUGAAUACUGCCCUUCUGAGAGAACUAUCAAUGAGAUCUGAACCCUGUGCCUUUUUCUUUUUCUUUUUUUGUCUUCUUGAGAUCCACAUCUGUGAGAGAUCAACUGAUUGUCUUUCUUUCUCUUUGUUUUACUUACUGGGCUUAAAUUUGCAUUAGGUGGCAGAGUUUGCUAGUUCACAGUUUCCAGAGAUGCUGAAUAAUACAUUCAUGUUUCUGCAAGAUGGCAACAGGUCAGCCAAUAAUUCAUGUGCACUGGAGGAAAAUAAUAAUUUUAAAUUGUUGCCUCUGUGUGCUUGGGAGCUAGAAAGCCUUUAGUUGCAUUCAGAUUUUUUUUAACCAAACUUUGAAUCAUUUUCAGGAGAGGCGCUGAAAUGUAUGCCUACUGGAGAACCAAAUCUAGCAAUGUCAAUGUUAGCACAGUUUAAGCAGUAAGUCAUAUUGGCAUUAUCAACCAAAUAGUGUUCAUGUUCUAGUUUAUAUGGCACACACAGCCAUGUACACUACACCAACUGCCUAGUGUGGGCUGUGUAGCUCAAAUGGUCUCUUAGCACAAAACCAAGAACAAUUCAUGAAGGGUUUAAAGUGAUCUUUCUUUCAGCUCUGAGAUCAUGGUUCAGCAUGGGACUUUAUCUGUGUUCCAGUGCAAAAUUGGUGUAUGCCCAAAGGGGUGGUCAUUUUCCCUGAGCUGCUGUACUUCUAAGCCCUGGCAUAUUUGUAAGUGUCUCCUGUGCAGGUCUUAGUAGUUUACAUCUUAUCUUGAAUGUAUUAUGAUUAUUGAUGGUAGCAGUAGUAAUAGUAAUACUUUUAGUAGUAGAUAGAGCUGUAGACUUCAUGGGGAGGGUGGGGAAUAAGUGGGGCUUCUAAUUUUAACUGAAUUCCUGUAAGUAUGUAACAUGGUUACCCAGCAAGAAGUGUGGGUAAUGUGUAUAUUUGUAUUCUAGUGGAACACAAGCACUACUAUAAUUAUGCGCCUGAGAUCGUAUCCAUUAUAAACCCCAUUUUUUCUGGGGUUUAUAACUUGGCUGUAAAAAUUGGUAUCCUGCUGAAAUUUGGGACGACUGGGUCUCAGAUUGGGAAGUGCUUCAUUUUUUCUUUUACUUUUUAACACGCUUACAGAAAAGCCAUCCUGGCUGUUUAAAAAAGUUCCAGUAAUGUUACAAUGUUAGUUAACAUCACAUGCUAUUUUGCACUUUUUAUAUGUUUGGAAUGUUGUUUUGGUUUGCUUUUUUUAAAUUAAAACAAAAGCAGAGCUUAGGCCAUCAUUUGGAGCUGGGUCAUUUUGGUAUUUAGAAAACAAAAUUAACAUAGCCAAGUUACUAAUACUUGAAAAUCAGCUACUGUAUAUACAGUAACUUUUUCAUAAAUUUUAAUACCCAGAACCAUAUUUAAUAUCUAUACAGCACUGUAUUAUAGAGUGACAUAACAGAAAAGUUUGAUCUAUUUAUUAACAUUUCUAUACUACAGAUUGAUGAGAGAUACCUCAGAACUGCUCCAAAGUAGCUUAUGUAAUGUAACCAAGGUCAAUUUUUCUUCAAAAUCUAAAUACAUAUUUUUAAAAAAAUAGAAUCUCUUGGCUAAAUAGUACGCAUUUUUAAAAAAUCAUUAGGGGCCAAAUCUUCUCCCCAGACUUAUAACAAUUUUUUAAGGAAGGGUUCUGGCUUAAUGGCUUGAGCCUGGCUUCUUCCGUCCACAAAACAAUGUUAGAGCCACUGUGUAACUACUGGUGCACUGUCCUUGCAGUGUGGAAGGGCAGCAGUGACUUGCUCAUCUCUUCUGGAGCUGUAUCAGAUUCUGCCCUCACCUUGCACACAGCAGAACUAUUUCAAUUCCACUGUCAGCCUGGUCUCUCUGCCAUCCCAUAUGUACAAGAUUUCCCCUUUGAGGCAUGUUGUCAUGUUAAAUUGUAAAUUCCCAAACAGUUUGGGAGUUUUCUGUCAUGCAUUUAAGUUAUUCCUGAGAUGCAUGGCCCAAGGACCCUCAAGCCCAUCUUUAUUUCCUUUUGAUCACAUUUAUAUAAAAGAGCUGUUUGCCUAACCACACAGCAUGCUGAACUACCGCUAGGGAUUUGACUGAAGCAGGUAGUAAGCAUUGCAGCUGAGUCCCCAUCUUGAACUCUUCCUUUAAGAUAUAGAAUAGUGCAGCUGGGAUAGCCCUCUAUUUUGGGUUCUCAGACAGUGCACCUUGAACUGCAGGGUUUGGGCAAGUAUGUUGACUUGCAGGAGGUGGGUAGCACAGAGCAGUUCACCUAUAAUGAGGAAGUAAAAUUCUCAAGUCAGGUGCUCACUCUUAGAAGUCACUGUCUUCAAAUCUGGUGAGCUCUUUUUCCCUCUUGUUUCUGUGCCAAAACAAAUCCCUGCAUCCCUUCCAUAAUAUGCCCAGCUGAUGAGCACUUUUCAAGGAAGUGUAUGCCAUUUUGCUUUAAACACUGCUGUUCUGUUUACAUUUUUCCUCCAGAAAUGCUCCCAUAUACACAGCACAAAUCUAAGAGAGCCCUUCUCAUAGUCCCAUGGCAAAAGUUGCAGGAACAAGAUGUAUGUUCCUUGGCAUCUCUCAGGUCUCUGGCCUUCAGAGUAUCCAGCAUUACUUUUCUUUCUAUUGAGAGCAUUGCAGGGGUGGCAGAGACGCUGGCCCUGUAAUGCCCUGGAGCCAGCAUGCGUGUGAUAGAACCAGAUUCCAGUUCUGAAGGCCCUUGAUCAUCCAAGAGAAGUGCCUCCCCCACUGUGUUCCCUUCUGCCAGUGAGUCUCCCUGUUCUCUCCCCCAUUAGUGCUGCUUCCCAGGGGACUGAUGCCAUAGAGGAGAGUUAAUGCUGCUGCUAGCGCUGUUAUUUAUUAUUUACUCUGUGUGUUACUGUCGAAUGUAGGAGCCCACAGCAUGGAUCAGGACCUCUUUGUGUUAGAAACCAGAUAAGCACAGAACAGACUCACUGACUGCUGGCUUUUUGCACAGCAAUCUGCUGUUACAGGAGGGCACUAUGAUGCAGCAGGUGGUAGCUCCCAGCCCUGCCUUGGCUGGCUUGUCUACCUAAGAUCCUCUAGGGCUGUAUAAUGCACAAUACACAACCUUUCAAAAGCACCUAGAAAGGGGAACCCUGACAGACAACUGACACUCCCCUUUUUUCUUCCCCCACCAUCAUUAUUCCCAUCUGUACUGUAGAGAAAUAGGCCCUGUACAAUGUGCCAGCUGUUAACAUGGCAAAGGCAUGAGUAAGGAAUGGGAUUCUCUUGGUCAUGUGAAGACUGAAGGACCUGGAACUAUGUGCAAUGAGUGACUUGCCUCUCACACCGGUGUCCCAAACCCCCCUCCAAGUGGCAAGGAUCAGUCCACUUUGCCUCCAUACCUCUUGAAGCUGCCCAUAGUGCCCUAUUUAUGGUUUGAAUUUCAUAUCAGUAUCAGAAUAUAAAAACAAAAGUCUGUAAAUACUAUAUCUAUUAAUAUUUAGAAAGCUGCCAUCCCUUGAGCAAUGGGAAUUGACUUUCCCAUGAAGAUUUAAAAAGAAAAUUAGUCUUAUUUAUAUGUAUAUUGACUAUUAUUUUAUUAGACUUAAAGUUUUGUGCCUCUCAAGGUGAAACUUGGAGGCCUGCACUCUGUAGACAUUUUUAAAUGACUUUCUGUUUAAAAGAAUGUGAGAUUAGCACAGGGAGCUCAUUUCCGGGUUUUAAAUCUUUUAUUUUUCUAACAGUGUUAAUAAACCUAGGAUUGUUUUAAGUGUAUCAUAGGAGACCCAAAGGGUUAAACAAAAAAAGAAGAAGCUGUUGACAGUGCAAUGGUCUUGUAUUUUGUAUAUGAACACAGUUGUUAAGAAUUCAAAGCCAGCUCAGCCUUGCAAAUAGCUGUGAUGAAAAUAGCAAGCAGGCCUUUUUUGCAGCCCUUUGUGUAUAAACUCUAAACUUUCUAAACAUUCAUGGUGACAAUAUUACUUAUGGGUUUUUCAUGAAGUCAUUUAUUAAAAAAAACACAUUAACUGGGGAAAAUAAAAUGCCUUUCCAUCAUA